AUGCCGUGUUUUCUCUGUUCAAAGGGUGAUGAGUGCUUUGGCAUGCACACACCCUUAGCUUUCACAAUUUCCAUGUGUCCCAAUAUGAACCCCACCUUGGUCGCAGUGGUCACUUACAAGGGAGACCUUGGGUGCUGCAAGGUGGGAGACACUACAUGGAAAGGUUAUCACACAAGUGACAAGUUCUACUCCAACGUGGCUUUUCAUGAUAACAAACUUUAUGCUGUGGAGCGAGGUGGUUUGAAGGUGAACAUGUUCAAGUAUGAUGCGGGAGUGCUUGUUCAUGUUGGUAGUGUGGAAUCCACUAACCCAAUUGAACAUAUUCCUAAUAUGUCAAGACCCAUUAGGUCCUAUUGCAUGACCAUUUACUUGGUGGAGUGCGAAGGGAAGGUUUUUGUUGUGAAGAGAUUCUCCGAUGACACCAAAUUUCAUACACCAACUAUAAACUUUCUUAUUUUUGCGGUGGAAGAAAACUGCACCAUCCCUCAGUUGGUGAAGGUGGAUAAUUUAAAUGAUCAUGUUUUGUUUGUGGCUAACCUCAACAUAGAAUGUCUUGAUGCGAAGUAUUGUCCAAAGUUCCAGCGUGGCAGCGUGUACUUCACUUGCAACUCUGAAAAUUCCUUCACUACUGAAGUAGGAGUGUUUUCAAUUUCAGAUAGAACUAUAGAUAAGAUUCCUCUCACUAAUCCUCCGAUGCAAUCUCCAACUUCAAUUUGGAUGAUGCCUAGGUUUUCAUUUGAAUGUGAUUGUGAAGUGUGCAUCUCUGCACCGUGGUUUAAGCCUAGGGUGUUGAGGAAAAAACAUAUAAGUAAAACUAGUGUUGCAUGA